AUGUCUGGUACAACAACGUUACAAAAAGCAAUUGAUCUUGUUACGAGAGCCACGGAAGAAGAUAAAAAUAAAAAUUAUGAGGAAGCAUUAAGAUUAUACGAGCACGGUGUAGAAUAUUUUUUACACGCCAUUAAAUAUGAAGCUCAGGGGGAACGAGCGAAAGAAAGUAUAAGAGCCAAGUGCCUGCAAUACCUUGAUAGAGCUGAAAAAUUGAAAGAAUACCUCAAAAAAGGGAAAAAUAUUAAAAAACCAGUUAAAGAUGGUGAAGCAUCUAAAGAUGACAAAAAAAGUGAUAGUGAUAGUGAUGAUGAUGAUCCUGAGAAAAAAAAAUUAUUAGCCAAACUUGAAGGUGCUAUAGUUGUUGAAAAACCCUCUGUCAAAUGGUCGGAUGUAGCGGGAUUAGAGGGAGCUAAAGAGGCACUCAAAGAAGCUGUAAUUCUCCCAAUUAAAUUUCCUCAUUUAUUCACUGGGAAAAGAAUUCCAUGGAAAGGAAUUUUGCUUUUCGGGCCCCCAGGAACGGGUAAAUCAUAUUUGGCGAAAGCAGUCGCUACUGAAGCUAAUAAUUCGACAUUUUUCUCCGUAUCUUCAUCUGAUUUGGUGUCUAAAUGGCUUGGAGAAUCUGAAAAACUUGUGAAAAAUUUGUUUGAAUUAGCCAGACAGCAUAAACCGAGUAUAAUAUUUAUAGAUGAAAUUGAUUCUCUCUGCUCUUCGAGAAGCGAUAAUGAAAGUGAAUCAGCUCGAAGAAUCAAAACUGAAUUUUUAGUUCAGAUGCAAGGAGUUGGAAACGACAUGGAUGGAAUUUUAGUAUUAGGAGCGACUAAUAUUCCCUGGGUUUUGGAUUCUGCCAUUCGAAGAAGAUUUGAAAAAAGAAUUUACAUUCCUCUACCCGAAGAACCGGCCAGAUUGACAAUGUUUAAAUUGCAUUUAGGAUCUACUCGUCACACUCUAACCGAUGAAGAUCUCAGACAGUUGGCUGCCCAAACCGAAGGGUACUCUGGUGCUGAUAUCAGUAUCGUUGUACGAGAUGCAUUGAUGCAACCUGUUAGAAAAGUCCAAACGGCUACACAUUUUGUCAGAGUCAGAGGACCGUCGCCCACAGAUCCUUCUGUUAUAGUCGACGACCUUUUGACUCCAUGUUCACCUGGUCAUAAAGGAGCCAUAGAAAUGAAUUGGAUGGACGUACCAGGUGAUAAACUUUACGAGCCGCCCGUUACAAUGGCGGAUAUGUUAAGGUCGGUCGCCACGUCCAAACCGACAGUUAAUGCGGAAGAUUUGAAAAAAUUAGAUCAGUUCACUCAGGAUUUCGGACAGGAAGGAUAA